GUUAUGAAUCUAACUGAUACGGUCGUAAUUUUCAAUCUUGUUUUUUUUGGUAGUUUUUAUUUAAAAAAAAUUUGAUUUAAGAUUGUUAUAAUGUUCUGUUUAAGACUGUAUUAAAUUCUCGGGUGUACAGCUCGUUUAGGCCGUCAUAUAUAUCUUUAUUUUUCUUACGAAUAAAAGUUAUUUAAUUUAAAGUCAAAAUACCAAUCCGAAAGAAAAUUUUUCUAUAGAUUAAAGAUAUAGGUUUUUAGAUUUAUUUUCGUGAAUACCUACGGUGGUAAAAUGGAAAUGAAUAGAAGUGAAGUUAUAUCGUUGGUUAUACGUAUGACUUUGUUGUCAACGUGUGCUUAUUUUGGUACUAAAUGGUUGAUCGGACAGAUUGAUCCAACCAAUCAACAAAAAAAACGAUCCAAGGAGACUGCACUCAGCAAACUCAGAAGCUUAGGUCUUCAUAAAAUGAAAAACUUAACUGACCAUGAGCUGAUGAUUGCCAGUCACUUGGUAAAUCCAUACGAUAUCACUGUUUCUUGGAAUAACAUUGCUGGACUUAGUCAAGUAAUAGAUGAAAUCAAAGAGACCGUGAUAUUUCCAGUGCAAAGAAAAGAACUGCUUAGGAAUUCUGUCUUAACAAAACCACCAAAAGGAGUUUUGCUUCAUGGACCUCCUGGUUGCGGAAAGACAAUGAUUGCCAAGGCAACGGCCAGAGAAGCGGGUAUGAAUUUUUUAUAUCUGGAUGUGUCAUUACUCACUGACAAAUGGUACGGUGAAAGUCAAAAGUUAGCUGGUGCCGUUUUCAGUUUGGCUCAAAAGCUUCAGCCUUGCAUAAUAUUUAUUGAUGAAAUCGAUUCUUUUUUGAGAUCUAGAACACAGCAUGAUCAUGAAGCGACAGCUAUGAUGAAAGCUCAGUUUAUGAUGCUAUGGGAUGGUUUAUCAACUGAUCCAGAAAAUACUGUGAUAGUAAUGGGCGCCACAAAUAGACCUAAAGACUUAGAUCCUGCCAUACUCAGAAGGAUGCCAGCCACUUUUGAAAUAUCAUUACCGGGUGAACAACAAAGAAAAGAAAUACUGACCUUAGUUUUAAAUACCGAACAAUGUGCAGAUAAUGUAGAUCUACAUCAGUUAGCCAUAUCUACAACCGGGUUUUCCGGCUCUGACCUUCAAGAAUUGUGUCGUAUUGCAUCGUUAUUCCGCAUCAAAGACUUGAUUAAAGAAGAGGAACUUCAAAAAUGUACAUUUAACUCGAAUCCAAUCAAUGCAGCCAGUAUUAAUAUGUUGAGGCCUAUCAGUAUGGACGAUUUGGUUGCAUCUGUUAUCAAGAUGAAAGCAUCCAAAGUAGUUAGUACCACUCAACCUAGGUUUUAAUGAGUAAUACGAUGCAAUAUUCGGUAGUCUGGUUGAACGAUCAAUUUUAAUGUUUUGUCUUUUGUAAUGUAAUGGUAUUAGCGUGAAUACUGUUAUAGUAACAGACAUUUUUACUCUUAGUCCUAGUUCCAUGUAAGCAUAAAUAGUAAAUAUUUUCCUCAAGAUAAUAUACUUUGCUGUUGGACAACAUUGUUAUUUCUAUUACUUAGUUUUAGAUAAUUUGUGUUGCUCAUAUUUAAUAAUUAAUUACAUUUUAUUAAUUAAUAACAUGUUGAAAAAUGAUGACUGUAUUUGUUUAACACAAUUUGGAAAAUAUAUAUGUAAAUAAUUUUAUUAUUUUCAUUUGUAUUUCAGUAAAUUAUUACUAUUAUAAAUGUUCAGUUAUUUCA